ACAUAUGUACAUACAUUUGUAUACGCUAAAUUCUAAAGUGAAUUUUGAAAGAAUUUUUAGUGCAGCGCUUGCAUUGGCUUAAGAAAAGCAGCAGUCGCGGGAACCCUCCAGGAAAAAAACACGUGAGAUACGCAGGCUGAAAGUUUGUUUGGCGACGGAUUGAAAAAAAUCGAUUUUUGUGCGUGAGCAAGACACGGAAAAAGUGCGCGCAAGGCGGCGGAGCUAUUUAAAAAUAUAUACUUCACACAUACACACACAUAUACACUAAGAGAGACGCACGUCAACACAAGUCAAUUGCAAUUUGUUUGUGAAAUUUCCAAAAACUAAACCAAAAACUGCGUUAUUAUUAAGCAUGGAGACAGCAAAUAUACGCUUCAACGCGCUGCCUCAAGCCCCCAGCUGCGGGAGCCACAGUGUCGGCGAAUGCAGAAGCAACAACUGCAGCAGCAAGCUGGCCGACGCCAAAGAGCCGGUCGCUGCGCCCGCCACUGUGCUGCUGGAUAAGCGCUUCUCGCGGCAAGUGCAGGGUGUGUAUCCGCUGCGACGUCAGGACGUGCUGAAGUGGUACGGCUGGGGCUACAAAGACUCACAGUUCUAUGUGGACAAUGGCAUCAUCGGCUUCAAGGGUGACAAGUAUCCACUUGAAGGCUGCAUGUUGCCCUACUUCACCGAAUGGGUUUACAGUAAAUUCAAUUUGCGUAUCGAGAAGAAUUUACCCUCUCCGAAAAUGCCUACCGAGUUUCCGGCACCCACCGUGAAUGCGCCCUUCCUGCGUGAACUCGAAGCAACUAAGCUGACGAGCUCGCAGUCUGGCGAGGACCGUCUCAUACGCUGUCACGGUCAGACGCUGCACGAUAUCUACUAUCUUUGGCGCAAUGAAUUCAAGCGUAUUCCCGACAUAGUCGUCUGGCCGCACAGUCACGAGGAUGUGGUGCGGCUUGUGGCGCUCGCCAAUAGACAUAAUGUUGUGGUUAUACCGUAUGGCGGUGGCACCUCUGUGUCUGGCUCAAUUACUUGUCCGCAAGUAGAGCAACGUAUGAUCUGCGUGUUGGAUACGUCACAGAUGAAUCGUAUGCUGUGGCUGAAUAAAGCCAAUUUGACUGUGUGCUUUGAGGCGGGCAUUGUGGGACAGGAUUUGGAGCGCGAAUUGCAAAAACUCGGUUUGACUGUGGGUCAUGAACCGGACAGUUAUGAGUUUUCCACACUCGGUGGUUGGGUGGCGACACGCGCCUCUGGCAUGAAGAAGAACGUCUACGGCAAUAUAGAGGAUUUGGUGGUGCGUGUCCGUUUGGUUACCGCGUCUGGAGAGGUGCUGGAGCGUGAGUGUAUGGCGCCGCGUGUUUCGUGUGGUCCGGACUUCAACCAUGUGAUAAUGGGCUCCGAGGGCACACUUGGCGUUGUGACUGAGGUGGUGCUGAAAGUGCGUCCACUGCCCGCCGUGAAACGUUAUGGCUCGCUGGUUUUCCCCGAUUUCGAGAGCGGCGUACAAUUUAUGCGGGAAGUUGCGCGUCGCCGCUGCCAACCGGCGUCGGUGCGGUUAGUGGAUAACGAACAAUUCGUUAUGGGACAAACACUGAAGCCAGUGCGAGGCUGGUUGGCUGGUUUGCUGGAUUCAUUGAAGAAAACCUACAUCACGGCUUGGAAGGGUUUGGAUUUAACGAAAAUGUGUGCGGCAACUUUGCUAUUUGAGGGCAAUGAGGAAGAUGUGCGACGAGAGGAGGCGCUCAUUUAUCAGAUUGCUAAGCAGUUUAAAGGAUUUCCGGCAGGUGGUGAUAAUGGCGAACGUGGCUACAUACUAACAUUCGUCAUAGCGUACAUAAGGGAUUUCGCAUUAAACCAAGAGAUCGUUGCGGAGUCCUUUGAGACAUCUGUGCCAUGGGACCGCUGCAGUUCGCUGUGUCGGAAUGUGAAACGCCGUGUGGAAGCGGAAUGUCACAAGCGUAGCAUUAAGAACUUCAUCAUUUCCUGUCGCGUAACGCAGACCUACGACGCCGGCGCUUGCGUUUACUUCUACUUCGGCUUUAGGCACACCGGCAUUGCCGAUCCUGUCGCCACAUUCGAGCAGAUUGAGACGGGUGCACGCGACGAGAUACUCGCCUCGGGCGGCUCGCUGUCGCAUCAUCACGGCGUUGGUAAAAUACGCAGCCAAUGGUAUGAGAAUACCGUUUCCAAAUCCGGCAGUGCACUGUACCUGGCGGCGAAAAGACAACUCGACCCGAAAAAUAUUUUCGCCGCAGGAAAUUUGCUGACCAAAAAGAGUGGCGUAGAAGCGUCGCUGCAUCAAACCACCGUUGAGUCGAGUUCAUUAGUUAAGGCGAAACUAUAAAGUUCGAGUAUCAACCGAAAUGAAACCACAGAUAAGAGACAUUAGUUUUAUGUUGGCUUUAGCGAAAUGUAGUGGAAUUAACUCAAAAAGUUUGUCAUUUUUUUACUUUUGUAUUAGCGCUAGUUUAACAUGAGUGUUGUUGUACAUAAACUUAAUUUUCUUACUUAAUUAUUUAAUGUUUUGUUUAAGGACUUCAAUUCUGUCUUAUUGUAUGGAAUAUACUGUUAUAAUGGGUGAUUUUCUAAUUCAAACGUACGGUUCAUAUUUAUUACACUAGUUUACACUAACUAAUUUUUAUUAUUCCUCUUUACUGGCAUAUGGAACUUCGGUAUAUGCACGAUUAGAAAAGGUGUUUGAAGUUUUCUAGUACAGAAAAAAAAAAUAAAAUAAGACCCGUUAUAAAAAUUAA